AUGUCUGAAGAAGGGAAAAGAAGCAGCAGCGAAAUCGAGAAAAACGAUAAAAUAAAAGAGCGAACAAGAGAAGAAAAAAACAGGACUGCAUACAAAGUUGUGAACGAGGUGCUUUUGAAGGAGCAUGCUUUCUGGUCUAAGGAGCCGCUUGGAAAAAGCCAGGCGUCCUGCAAAGGCAGCGGGUCUUCUUCUGCCGAAGGCGCCGCAGGGCUGGACAUACGGACCGUGGACAUUGCGUGCGAGCUUUCUGCGGUUGCGUCGUUUCUGAUGGACCACUAUGUUGAGGACGCAGAAGCCAGGUUUCGCCUGCAGUACUCGCCGGAGUUCCUUAGAUGGCAGCUAGAGUCCCCGAGUGUUUUUCCAGAGUGGAAUAUUGGGAUGUUUGACGGCAGCCGCCUGGUUGGGUUUAUAUCUGCAGCCGCAAUUGACAUAAAAAUCAAAGAGUCUACGCCCAAGACGGCGGUGGUGAACUUCCUGUGCGUGCACAAGGACUACCGGAAGAGGCGGCUUGCGCCCGUUUUAAUCAAGGAAAUAACAAAGAGGGUGAACUUAAAAGGGAUAUACACCGCUUUAUUCACGUCUGGCGACAAGCUGCCGUACAUAUUCACCCGGUCGAGAUACUACCACAAAAUACUGCGAGAAGGAGACCUUGUGGAAAGCGGGUUCUGCGACCAAGAAGACAUUGACAAAAUAACGGAAAGCCGCAUGAUAUUUCAGGACUCGCCCACCGUCCACUUUCGCCCAGCGCAGGAAAGCGAGCUUCCCGGGGUAUACGAAAUGUACUGCAGCAAGUACAAAGAUCUGGACAUUUCUGCGUCGUUCACAUACGAGCAGUUCAAGUACUACGUGUACGGAGACGGCAGGGGCCUGUCGCGCUUGCUGGUGAGCGAGGACGCGAGCGAGUUUGUUUCGUUCUUCCACCUGUCCACCCGGUCUGUGGACAGCAAGGUGCCCAUAGAAACGGCGUAUCUGUCGUACCACACAAUGAAGCACGGCGUGGGCAGCAUGCUGGGCCUGAUCCAGUAUUUGCGAGGCACGGACGAGUUUGACGUGCUGAACGCCUUGGAAAUUGAGAGCAACACACAGAGCAUAUUUGCCGACUCGGGGUUUAUAAAGGGGGACGGAACCAUAAACUACUAUCUCUUUAACUGGGACACAGAACUGAUCCCCCCGAGCAGAAAUAGCUUUAUAUCCUACUAG